AUGCUGGCCAUCCGAGCUAUCUCUCGCCCUGCCGUCUCCAGGCAAUGCCUGCGCGCUGCUCCCCGCGCUUCCUGGGCAGUUGCUCGUUGUUACUCGACUGCUGGCGAGCGUGUCGCCAAGUACGAGGGGACAAAGGAUGCUCAGGGCAACUACCUGGUCAGCUUGAUCGAGGGUGACGGCAUUGGCCCCGAGAUCGCCGUGUCCGUCAAGGACAUCUUUGCCGCUGCCAAGACGCCCAUUGCAUGGGAAUCUUGCGACGUCACCCCUAUCCUAAAGGACGGCAAGACCGCUAUCCCCGACGCUGCCAUUGAGAACAUUAAGAAGAACAAGAUUGCUCUCAAGGGUCCUCUUGCUACCCCCGUUGGCAAGGGCCACGUCUCUCUUAACCUCACCCUCCGCCGAACUUUCAACCUCUUUGCCAACCUGCGACCUUGCCGCUCCGUCGCCGGCUUCAAGACCCCAUACGACAACGUUGACACCGUCCUGAUCCGAGAGAACACCGAGGGUGAAUACUCCGGCAUUGAGCACGUCGUUGUUGACGGCGUUGUUCAGAGCAUCAAGCUCAUCACCCGCGAGGCUUCUGAGCGUGUCCUCCGAUUCGCUUUCCAGCACGCCCAGUCCAUUGGCCGCACCAAGGUCCGCGUCGUCCACAAGGCCACCAUUAUGAAGAUGUCGGACGGUCUCUUCCUGAAUGUUGGCAAGGAGGUUGCCAAGGACUUCCCCGGCAUCGAGUUUGAUGCUGAGCUCCUCGACAACACCUGCCUCAAGAUGGUCACUGACCCUCUGCCCUACAACGACAAGGUCCUCGUCAUGCCCAACCUGUACGGUGACAUUUUGUCCGACAUGUGCGCCGGCCUGAUUGGCGGUCUGGGUCUCACUCCCUCCGGCAACAUCGGUGACGAGUGCUCCAUCUUCGAAGCUGUCCAUGGUUCGGCUCCCGAUAUUGCCGGCAAGGCUCUGGCCAACCCUACCGCCCUCCUGCUCAGCUCCAUCAUGAUGCUGCGACAUAUGGGUCUUACCGAGUACGCUGUUCGCAUUGAGAAGGCCAUCUUCGACACCCUCGCCGAGGGCAAGGCCCUGACUGGCGACUUGGGUGGCAAGGCCAAGACUCACGAAUACGCUGCAGCCAUUAUUGAGAAGCUGUAA